CCUUUCACUCCACAUACACACAUACUCAUACACACACUCUACUUAAGUUUAAGCCUUUGCAUCUCUCUCUCUCUCUGCAUCAUUGUGCUCCAAUAAUCACAGUAGUAGUCAGUAGCAGUAGUUCAGACAGUAGUACUUGUAACCAUGUCUAAUGUGUCCCUUCUCCUUUUCCUUGUGUUCUUGUCUCUCUCAUCAGGAGCGAAUUUGAUCAUGGCUAAUGGACAGGGUGUUAUGGAAUCACAGAAAACUUGGUGUGUGGCAAAGCCUUCAUCAGAUCAAGCAACCCUUUUGGCCAACCUCAAUUAUGCCUGCUCUCAAGUUGAUUGCAGGAUUCUGCAGAAAGGAUGCCCCUGCUCUUACCCUGACAAUCUCAUGAACCAUGCUUCCAUAGCCAUGAAUCUCUAUUACCAAUCUAGGGGGAAAAACCACUGGAAUUGUGAUUUCAGGGCCUCUGGCCUUGUUGUUGUCACUGAUCCAAGUUAUGGUAAUUGCAUUUAUGCAUAGAAGGGUGGAGUACAUAAACUGAAGUAUCCAAUGUAGGCAAAAUUUGGUGGUGAAUUUAUGUGUUGCUGUAAUUUUGUGGUACAUGUACUUGUAUUUACGUAAUUAGGUUGCCAUUGUCAACCGUAAUAUAAAUGUAUGCUGCAUUACAAGAAAUUUCAAUUACCUAAUUUUUUUAAGGGAAUGCUAUAUGCGGUGAAAGGCAGAAGGAUUGUAAAAAUCAAGUUUGUUGUAAUGAAAGGAAUGAAUACUAAUUAUGCACGAA